UAAACACGGAAUCAUAUCGUUGUGUUCAAUAAGAUGGCAACAAGUCGUUCCGAGUACACAAACACAUGCAUAUACAGAUAUCAGUAUCCUUGCAUUCUGGAGCGCACGUCCGGAUCGUUCCAUCUGUUUAUCUGAGACGAUCACGGAAGGGCGUAAAUCCAUCCCGGGACGAGAGUCCAGAAGCGGAGACUAGCGACCCCUUGGUACCCCAACCCUCAGAGGAACAUCACUUGGUUCAAUCAUGUUCCGUGCCUGCCGCAACAGCGCUCAGUUGUUUCCGCAGCAACUCUGAAUCAGACGGGUGACGACGGACACGGCUUACGCUGUGAGACCUAAUCCAAUUCUGCGAUCAACGGAACGGUGCUGGAAGACUGAAUUUUUCAGUUGACCGGAUCUCCGGAGUCCGGAUAUGACUGGCCACGUUUGUGCUGGAGCUUAUUAUCCCGUAUGUGGGAAUGG